UCAUUUGUCACAUACUAAUUCUCGGAAUGACGACGACUACACAAAAAAUUUACUUUGCUCUGUUUUUCAUCAUCUGUGUUUCCUUUUCAUUCACCAGUUCAAUUACUCUUCCUAAUGAUGAUCAAUUCUCUAUUCUAGACCAGUCCAUAGAUGGGAUUAAUCCAGUUUCCGAGGAGACAGUGGCUGAACUAUUCCAAGAAUGGAAGGAGAAACAUGGGAAGGUGUACAAGCAUGCAAAGGAAGAAGAGAAAAGGUUUCAGAUUUUCAAUAACAAUUUGUAUUACAUAAUGGAGAUGAAUUCAAGGAAGGGUAGUAGUUCAAGAACAGGGCAUAAGGUGGGGCUGAACAAGUUUGCUGAUUUGAGCAACUUUGAAUUUAGAGAGGUUUAUACGUCAAAAGUGAUGAAAAAUAGGAGCGAAAAGAAGACGGGUCAUGUGGAGAGUUUUGAUGCUCCACCUUCUUCGCUCGAUUGGAGAAAGCUUGGCGCUGUCACAAGCGUAAAGGAUCAAGGCAUAUGCGGAAGUUGUUGGUCUUUCUCUUCGACGGGAGCCAUGGAAGGAAUUCACGCUAUUGUGACUGGAGACCUAAUUAGCCUCUCAUCACAAGAACUUGUUGAUUGUGAUAAUAUUAGCGACGGUUGCAACGGAGGAUAUAUGAAUAAUGCCUUUGAAUGGGUUAUUAACAACGGAGGCAUAGACUCUGAAUCCGAUUACCCUUAUGUUGGAUCUGAUAGCAUUUGCAACACUGAAAAGAUAAACGAGAAGGUGGUGAGUAUUGACGGCUAUAAAGUUGUCAAUGUCGAUGAAAGAUCUCUUCUUUCUGCGGUUGCUGGCCAACCGGUUAGCGUCGCUAUAGAUGGAAGUGCAAUUGAUUUCCAACUCUAUACCGAUGGAAUCUACGAUGGGUUUUGUUCGAGUGACCCAAAUGCGAUAAAUCAUGCGGUUCUUAUAGUAGGGUAUGGGAGCGAAGGAGACGAAGAAUAUUGGAUAGUUAAAAAUUCAUGGGGGACCGGUUGGGGAAAAGAUGGUUAUAUCUACAUUAAAAAAAACACAACAAAUAUUUACGGGGUUUGUGGUAUUAAUUCUUUGGCUUCAUAUCCAACUAUGGAAACUUCUUUCCCUCCGUCUCCUUACCCUUCUCCGGUUGCUCCGCCGCCUUCUCCUCCUCCUCCUCCUCCUCCGUCACCUCCGACGCCGUCUGUUUGUGGGGAAUUCGCUUACUGCUGGGCAAAUGAGACAUGUUGUUGUGUUUUUGAGUUAUUUGAUUAUUGUUUAUUAUAUGGAUGUUGUGAAUAUAAGAAUGCUGUUUGUUGUACUGGCGGCGCUGGAAAUAAUGGUGGGGUGGACUUUUGUUGUCCUAGCGAUUACCCAAUCUGUGAUAUGAAAGAAGCACUCUGUCUCAAGAAUGAAGGAGACUACUUGGGGGUGGCGGGGAAGAAACAUAAAGUGGCAAAGCUUAAGCUUCCAUGGAGCGAGAAAUAUGUAGAGAAGAGAGUCGAGAAAGAGGAGGAGACGAAAGUAGAUCUGCAAUGGAAGAGGAGGAACCCAUUUGGUGUUGUAUGAAUUAGAUUGAUCUUUUCUCCUUUUGAAAAGGGGCUGUUAUCUCAUGUUGGAUGUCAUCUUCAUUGGACAUUAUGAACGUUUAAAAGUAUAUUAGCUACUGUUGUCACUGAAAA